AUGAUCAUCCCUCUUCUUUUCUGCAUCGUUGAAUUUGGCAACUUAGCGACUGCGAAAUGGCUCUGGUCGAGUUCUCCAGCUGAUGUUUCGGGGAUUGAAAAGACCGCAUACCCCCUGGGUAAUGGCCGUAUGGGCCUCCUACCCGCUGGAUGUUCCGGAUCCGAAAGCAUCAACGUUAACCUAGACAGUCUCUGUACAGGCGGGCCUCUCGAGAUUUCAAGAUAUUCUGGAGAGAAUCCACCUGAAGACCGGUCUCACAUCUUGCCCGGUAUACGAGAAGAAAUUUUCCAAAAUGGAACAGGCAAUGUUAGCGCGCUUUUCAGCCCAAUCUCUUCUUACGAAUCAUACACGCCUCUUGCCAAACUGACAGUCUAUAUUGGCGGUAUUGAUGACCCCUCUUCCUACUUUCGAGGCCUAGAUCUCACCACAGGAGUUCACAAGGUCUCGUUCUUGAGUGGGGGGAAUCAGUUCAAUGUUUCUAUCUUUUGCUCAAGACCUGAUGACGUUUGUGUUUAUCACCUCGCGUCGAAGUCUAUAAUGCCGAAUAUUCAUUUCAGUUUACAGAAUGAGUACCUAAAUAAAUCGCUGGUAGAAACUACCUGCACUGAGGGCCAGCUGCAGUUCAAUGGCCAACUAGCGCAUCCGGGAAUGAAGUUCCUCGGAAUCGCGCAGGCGCUCCAGCCAAGCAGUAUUAUGUGCGAUGGGAAUUCACUCGCACUUUCCAGCAUGUCCAAGUCAAAGACUGUGACGAUUGUUAUUAGAGGCGGAACAAGCUACGAAAUCUCACACGGAAAUCAGAAAUUUAGAUUCUCGUUUCGUGGAGAUGAUCCAGAGCCCUCGCUCAAGAAGACCUUUGCUGCCGUUAUUUUCAAGUCAUACGAGGAGAUCUUAGCACGUCACAUCACAGACUACCAGAGGCUCUUUAACACUUUCUCUCUCGAUCUACCGGACUCUUCAAAUUUCAGCACAAUCACAACAGCCGACUUGAUACUGACAUACGAUCCCAGCAAUGGAAAUUCCUUUCUAGAAUCCUUACUAGUUGACUACGGUCGCUAUCUCCUCGUAGAGUUCUGUUGGUGA